UGAACAAGGACAUAGAGGGAAAAAGGAAGGUUGGAGGGGCGACUGAGAAAAGGGAGGGUAAAGGAAGAUGAGGGUUGAAGUGGAUGUGAGGGUUUCUGAGUGGGAGAGGCAGUGAGAGAAAUUAGAAACAGGAAGGAGUUGACUAACUGACCUCUGUCUGCUCCAGCAUUCACUGUGACCAAGGCUGAUCUAACCUUGGCCCAAACACCACCUGUUCUCUCUCUAUACCAGAGACUCGCCCAUUUAAAUGUCUGUCAACCUCUUUACAAUAGAGAAUUCUAAAGAUUAUGACCCUUGGAGGUGAAAUUUUCCCCAUCUUCAUCUUAAAUUCUAAUUGUGAAACUGCCAGCUAUCUCACAGAGUGGAUGCUUUCAAUUGCUCAUGUGAUCUUUUAUAUUUCAAUGCAAUCAGCUUUUUUUCUGUUGUACUCUAAUGAGCAUAGCUGGUCCCUCUAGCAUCUCAGUGGUUCAGUCACACUGCAUGGAUAGCUGUCCUAGCAGAAAGAUGACAACUUUUCCACUAAAUCAAACCAAACAUAGAACAAACUAUGCUCUGGUAGUAUGGCUCUCAGGUCUCAUUGUCAUCUUCCUUUGGCCCUUUCUGCACCUCUAUGCAUCUUGUGUUCUAAUUAUGGUUCUUAAUUAAAACCCUUGCUUUAUAUUUACUGAAGGAAAAUGAACAUUUUUCACUGAGUAAUCUUCGCUGCCUUCCUUCCUCAGCCUCUGCUUAGUACCUUUUCUUUCCCAAACCCCAUCUCAUUUCACCCCCUCUCGUUCACUAUCCUAACAUUGUUGAGGAAAAGCAAUAAAGGCCAGAGAAAAGAAGAGGCGAUGAACAGGUCUGGGCCAGGAGCACACAAGGAGCGGGUGAUUCACACUGUGUGUAACUUUCCAUUCAGUUAACCUUUUGCUUUAAUCUUGCAGUAAGUGUUCCUAUGAAGCUUAACUUUACCUAGUAUGCAUCGGCAUGUUUUACCUGAAACGUUAAAUGUGCUAUCUUAAAAUCUCCCUUCCAGUCAAGCCACAUUUUCAGCUUGUAUUGCUGGAAUAUUACCAUUCAAGUGGGCAUUGAAUAAAGACUGUAGACAUGAAACUGUUUUACUUUAUGUUGUGAUAGAGCUAGGGCUGAAUGUUGGAACCGGAGAGUUAGUUUGGAACAGGUGCUAGUUUGAUUUGCAGUAUUGGCGAAUACCUGGGACAGCUGGAGGACCAACUGCUGACAAGAAAUCUCAGAGCUAAGGAGAGUUUAAAGGUUUGAGCAUUAGCUUAAAAGGUGGGUUACCAUUGAAUGGAAAGUAACUACUUUCACAGGUACCUUGGGUUUAGUACAUUGGCAAGAAUCAUUCUUACCAAUAACAUUACUUUCAAUGGUGUCCAUAUAUACUAGUUACUAUCCUUCAUGAGCUUCAGUCCAUGCACAACUCUGCUGUGAGCACUAACUUGCAUCAAACCCAUUGUCCCUGUGUUUGCUCAUCUACAUUGGCUCCCAACCUACUAACAUUUUCAAUUUAAAACACUUAUUCUCAAGUGCAUUGAUGACUUUUCAAUUUUUUUUUUCUGUAACAUUUACCAGGGCUUAAAAACAUUCCAAGGUGUGGUAGUAUCUACCUAACUUCUCUCUGAAUUGAUUUUUGUCUUUAUAUCUCUACUGUUCUGUCCCUCCUCUUUCUUUGACAUUGUCCUCAAAAUCCACAACUUAAAGCCAUUCUACCUUAGUCUUCUGUGGUCAUCUCUCUGAGACUUAAACAGGACAGGAGCAUCUGUGGACAAAGAGUUAAUAUUAUUACUGGGAAACUUGGAACGGAUGGAUAUUUCAGCUUGCAGGGAAAAGAAGCAAUGAGUAGAACAAAGUGAAUGCUGGUGAUAAGAUGGAGACCAACAGAAACUGGAAGGCAUAAUUGUGUCAACAGAGGUUAUGAAAGCUUGGCAAUGAUGUCUGGAAUAUCAAAUGCACAGGUGUAAUAAACAUUUGCAGCAGCACACAGGCACAUAACACAGGUCAGCAGGAUUCAAAAAACAUAAAUUAUACACAUUUUUGUUUACAAGAAAGAACACACUUACAACAAAAAGUAUUGUUGUGCAAAGUGGUCAUAGCGUUGCUAUACUGAGAUAGAGAUUAGGGUUAUACAGGUUGGUUCCAGAGCCAAAUAAUUAAGGAGAACUACCUGUUUCAGAACCUGCUGGUGUGAAACUUUAAGCUUCUUUAUCUCUUGUUCAAAGCUAGUCACAAGAAGAUGGCGUGGUCCAGAUGGAAGAAGGCCUUCGAUUCUGAGGCUGUGUCCUCUGGUCUUAGACACUCCCACCAUGGAAAACAUUCUCUCCAUAUCCACUAUAUCAAGGCCUUUCAUGAUUUGAUUGGUUUCAAUGAGGAUCUCCCUCAUUCUUCUGAACUCCAGUGAAUACAGGCCCAGAGCUAUCAAACACUAUUCAUAUGUCAAGCCGUUCAAACCUGGAAACGUUUUCAUGAACCUCCUUUGAACCUUCUCCAGUUUCAACACAUCCUUUCUAAGGGGCCCAAAGCUGCUCACAAUACUACAAGUGAGGCCUCACCAGUGCUUCAUAAAGUCUCAACAUUACAUCCUUGCUAUCAUAUUCCAGUCCUCUUAAAAUGAAUGCUAACAUCAUAUUUGCCUUCCUCACCACACACUCAACCUGCAAAUUUACCUUCUGUGAAUCCUGCACAUGGACUCUUAAGUCCUAAUGUGCCUCAGUUUUUUGCAUUUUCUCUCCAUUUAGAAAGUGGUCAACCCUGUUAUUUCUUCUACCAAAGUGCAUGACCAUACACUUAACGACACUGUAUUCCAUCUGCCACUUCUUUGCCCAUUCUGCUAAUCUAAGUCCUUCUGUAGCCUCUCUACUUCCUCAAAAUUACCUGCCCCUCCGCUUUGUGUCGUCUGCAAACUUUGCAGCAAAGCCAUCAUCCAAAUCAUUGAUAAAUGACGUAAAGAAUUGGUCCCAGCACAGACCCCUGUGGAACACCACUAGUCACCAGCAUCCAACCAGAAAAGGCUCAUUUUAUUCCCACUCUUUGCCUGUGGCCAGUCCGCCACAGUUAUAUCCAUGCUAGAUUCUCCCCUGUAAUACCAUGGGCUCAUAUCUUGUUAAGCAGUCUUGUGUGGAACCUUGUCAAAGGCCUUCUGAAAAUCCAAAUGCCCAACAUCAACCAAUUCUCCUUUGUCUAUCCUGCUUGUUAUUUCUUCAAAGGACUCUUAACAGAUUUGUCAGGAAGAUUUUUCCGUGCGGAAAGUGGGCUGACUACAGCCUAUUUUAUCAUGUGCCUCCAAGUACCCCAAAACCAUGUCCUUAAUAAUUGACUCCAACAUCUUCCCAACCACUGAGGUCAUACUACUUGGCCUAAAGUUUCCUUUCUUCUGCCUCACGUCCCUUCUUGAAGAGUGGAGUGAUAUUUGCUAUUUUCCAGUCUUCUGGAACCAUUCCAGAAUCUGGUGAUUCUCAAAAGAUCAUUACUAUUGCCUCCACAAUCUCUUCUGCCAUCUCUUUCAGAACCCUGGGAUAUAUACCAUCUGGUCCAGGUGACUUGUCUUCUUUCAAACCUUUCAGUUUCCACAGAACCUUCUCCCUAGUAAUGGUAACUUCACACAUUUCAUGACCCCUGAUACCUGGAACUUCCACCAUAUUGCUAGUGUCUUCCACAGUGAAGAUUGAUGCAAAAUACUUAUUCAGUUCAUCCGCCAUUUCCUUGUCAUCCAUUACUACCUCUCCAGCAUUGUGUUCCAGCAAUCUGAUAUUCACUUUUGCCUCUUUUCAACUUUAUCUAUCUGAAGAAACUUAUAGUAUCCUCGUUAAUGUUAUUAGCUAGCUUUCAUAUUCCAUCUUAAAGACAUUUUUAGUUGGUUUCUGUUGGUAUUUGAAAGUGUCCCAAUCCUCUACAUUCCCACUAAUUUUUGCUCUUAUUAUAUGCCUUCUUUUUGGCUUUUGUGUUGGCUUUGACUUCUCUUGUUAGCCACGGUUGUAUCAUCUUUCCUUUAGAAUACUAAUUCCUUUUUGAGAUGUACAUGUCCUGUGCCUUCUAAAUUGCUUCCAGAAAUUCCAGCUAUUGCUGCUCUCCGUCAUUCCUGCCAGUGUCCUUUUUCAAUAAUUUCUGGCCAACUCCUCUCAUGCCUCUGUAAUUCCUUUUAUUCUACUGUAAUACUGAUACGUCUGACUUUAUCUUUUCUUUCUCAAAAUUCAGUGAAUUCUAUCAUAUGAUCAUUUCUCCUAAGGGUUCAUUCACCUUAAGCUCUCUGGAUCAAUUCUGGAUCAUUGAUUAAUGCCCAAUCCAGAAUAGCUGAUCCCCUAGUGGCCUCGAGCAUGAGCUGCUCUGAAAAGUCAUCUCAAAGACAUUGGAAUCCAGCACCAACCUGGUUUUCCCAAUCUACCUGCAUAUUAAAAUCACCCAUGACUAUUGUGGCAUUGCCCUUUUAGCAUGAAUUUUCUAUCUCCCAUUGUAAUUUGUAGACCACAUCCUUACUAUUUGGAUGUCUGUAUGUAACUUCCACCUGGGGUUUUUUACCCAUGCGGUUUCUUGGCUCUAUCCACAAUGAUCCAACACUUUCCAGCCUUAUGUCACCAGUUUCUAAUAAUCCGAUUUCAUUUUUUACCAACAGAAUAAUGGCACCCCCUUUGACUUCCUGCCUGUUUGUUCGAUACAAUGUGUAUCUUUGGACAUAAGCUCCCGGCUAUUUUCUUUCAGCCAUGAUUCAGUGAUGCCUACAACAUCAUACAGGCCAAUCUGUAACUGUGCUCUAAAUUCAUUGACCUUAUUCCGUAUACUGCGCACAUUCAGAUAUAACACCUUUAGCCCUGUACUGUAUUCACCUUUUUCGAUUUUGUCCACCUUUUACGUUGCAAUUCAUCCUGUUGACUGUAAUUUUGCCCUAUCAGCCUCGCCUUGUUAGAAGUCUCACUACACAUUGCCUCUGUUUGCAAACCAUUUUAGAUUUUUAGAAAUUUUUUUGUCAUGUCUCUUUAAACGGCUAAUAAAUUCUCCUGUGAUGAGCCUGCAUGAAUCACUAUGUUAAAUGUUAUAAAAUAUAGGCUUAUAGGCGUCAUUUUGUAGGUAGCAGAAUUUUGACCCUUCUGUUUUGAUUUAAGUGUGAAAUGAAUUUUCAGUAGGACAACUGAACCAUGUCUCGGCCACAAGCCCUAGCGCUGACUGCGGCCACAUUACUGGGUACGGCUGUAGGCUGCCUAUAUUUGUGGAGGACCCUCAGAAGUCCCAAAUGGAAGAGGGCUCUAACCAGCCAGAAUGGAGAGGCUGUGAACAGACAAGAAAGUAGUUCGCCAAAUGGCAGUGAGGAAGCCUGCUAUCAAACCAGCACAAGUCACCUCUCAAAUCCGAGUCCACUGGUGCACAAGAUACUGGGAGCAGGUGCCUUCGUGGUGGAGUCAGAAGUCGACUGGGAGCAAGUGUGGCCACCCUUGAGAGCUGAAUUGGACCAUUACCCUGUGAUUGGAAUUGACUGUGAGUGGGUUUCUGUGAAGGGGAAGGCAAACCCUGUGUCUCUCCUUCAGAUUGCCUCCUAUAGUGGCUCCUGCCUUCUCAUCCGCAUGCCCCAGAUGACCAGGAAUAGUUCUUUGUUGCCAAAGACCUUACUACAUGUGCUGGGUGAUGUCAAUAUACUGAAGGUUGGUGUUAACGCCUUUGAAGAUGGCUGCCGGUUGCUCCGUGAUUAUGGUGUCACAGUCAAGGGCUGCUUGGAUUUGCGAUAUUUGGUUAUGCAACAGAGGAAGAAUAAUUUGGCCCAUUCCCUCAGUCUGAAGUGCUUGGCUCAAGACACCAUUAAUUUUACCCUCGACAAGUCUCUCCAUCUGCGAUGUAGCAAUUGGGAGGCACAAGAGCUCACUAAUGACCAGGUAACAUAUGCUGCACGAGAUGCUCAGGUGUCAGUGGCUCUGUUUUUUCACUUAUUGGGAUUCAGCUCUACAUCACAUGAAGAUGCUGUCCUAUUUCAGAGGGUGCCCAGCUGGGAGCAGGUGUUGGCAAGGUGCCAAGGCCUAAUAGAUAUCCCAUUUAAGAGCAAAAUGGGUGGAGGUAGCAGAAGAGAGGAGGGAACUGGUGAAACAAACUCUCAGCAGAGACGGAGAAACAAGAAGCUUGGAGCCAAUCAGAAAUUGCCAUGGGAUGCAACUACUAUAGAUCCAAGAAAAACGCAACGCAAACCCCUUGGGGUGGGAUAUUCGGCCAGGAAAUCACCACUGUAUGACAACUGUUUCCUCCAUGCUCCAGACGGGCAACCUCUGUGCACCUGCGACAGGAAGAAGGCUCAAUGGUAUCUAGACAAGGGCAUUGGGGAGCUUAUCAGCAAGGAUCCAUUUAUUGUGAAGCUGAAAUUUGAACCAUCAGGAAGACCUGAGUCCCAGCAAGACUAUUAUCUGAUAACCAAGCAGAACCUGUGUGUCGUGUGUGGUAAAAAGGAGUCUUACAUCAGGAAAAAUAUUGUGCCUCAUGAAUAUCGCAAGCACUUUCCGAUUCAGAUGAAAGACCACAAUUCUCAUGACAUCCUCCUCCUGUGCACUGCCUGCCAUGCUGCCUCAAACUGUUAUGACAACAUCCUAAAGCAGCAGCUGGCCAAGGAGUUCAAUGCACCAGUUGGCUCUGAGGAGAGCGUUCGGUUACUGGAGGACCCAGUCCGUAGGCAGGUGCGAUCCGGAGCCCGGGCCUUACUCAAUGCCGAAAGUCUUCCCAAAGCUCGGAGAGAAGAGCUGCAAGAUAUCCUAAAGGCUUUCUUUAAUGUGGAGGUAUUGUCUGAAGAGUUGCUUGAAGAAGGAGCAGCACUGGAAACCAGGAUACUCAAUGAGAGCCACAUCCCCCAUGGUCUAAAAGUGACACAGUCUUGCGCUACUGGUGGGCUCCGAGCCUUGAUGUCUUUGGAGAAACGCUGGCGACAGCACUUCCUGGACUACAUGCGGCCCCAGCAUCUUCCACCUUUGUGGUCUGUGGAUCAUAAUCACAGCAAGCUCCUCCGCAAGUAUGGAGAGGACUUAAAGAUUGAGCUGACAUGAAAUAACUCGGAUAUGACUUGAUCUCAAUUCUGUGUUUUUUUUUGCAAUACUUCUCAAAAUUAUGAACAGUGAUUGCAUGAGAAUACAUGUAUCAGUCAGCUCACCAAGUUCUGGGAAGGAAUAUGUGUUUCUUUUUAACAUAUGAAGGAUAAGGACUGGAACAGUUUAAUGCAACUUGAGGCACUAUGAAGCAACACAUUUCUUAAGUUUAUUUAUGAAGAUAUCACAUCAUACAAAUCCAGUUAACAUAUAUUAGGAUUUUUAACAAAAACUAAAGAUUUAUAAACAAAAUAUUUGUAUGACAAGAUCAGGGAAGUCUUCUGUAUGAAUUUACAACACCUGGACUAUGACCGGAGAGAUUGCUGUUAACAUGCUAAGACAAUUCUUUGUACAUGCUUUUGAGCAUCAUUAUUGCUGCUGGCAAAAAGCGAGGCAAAACUUACCUUGAUGUUGAUGGGUAUCUGGGAUUCGACAGUGUGACAUUUUUCACAGCCAGUUUGCAACUUGAGUUUUUUGGUGCUUAUCAGUGCCAAAAUGUAUGGAUAAAAGUACUUUAUUUAAAUGCCAGAAACUGAAAAUUCCAGCAUUAUAAUGUCCUUUACAGUUUGCAUAGCUGGUACUUCUGCAGAAAAUGGUAUUUUCAUGAAAGAUAUCUUGUCAUAUGAUAAGUUUUAAUCUACAAUUUGAAAGGGAGAAGGGAAGAUCGGAAGUGUCAGUAUUACAGUUGAACAAAGGGGAUUAUGGACCCAUGAGGGAGGAGCUGGCCAGAGUUGACUGGAAAGAUACCCUAGCAGGGAUGACAGUGAAACAACAAUGGCAGGUAUUUCUGGGAAUAAUACAGAAGGUGCAGCAUCAGUUCAUUCCAAAGAGGAAGAAAGAUUCUAAGGGGAGUAAGGGGCGACCGUGGAUGACAAGGGAAGUCAAGGACAGUAAAAAAAUAAAAGAGAGGAAGUAUAACAUAGCAAGGAAGAGUGGGAAGCCAGAGGAUUGGGAGACUUUUAAGGAGCAACAGAAGAUAACUAAAACAGCAAUACGGGGUGAAAGAUGAGGUACGAAGAUAAGCUAGCCAAGAAUAUAAAGGAAGAUAGUAAAAGCUUCUUUAGGUAUGUGAAGAGGAAAAAAUUAGUUAAGACCAAAGUUGGGCCCUUGAAGACAGAAACAGGUGAAAUUAUCACAGUGAACAAGGAAAUGGCAGAUGAGCUGAACAGGUACUUUGGAUCUGUCUUCACUAGGGAAGACACAAACAAUCUCCCAGAUGUAAUAGUGGCCAGAGGACCUAGGGUAACGGAGGAACUGAAGGAAAUUCACAUUAGGCAGAAAAUGCUGUUGGGUAAACUGAUAGGACUGAAGGCUGAUAAAUCCCCAGGGCCUGAUGGUCUGCAUUCCAGGGUACUUAAGGAGGUGGCUCUAGAAAUCGUGGACACAUUGGUAAUCAUUUUCCAAUGUUCUAUAGAUUCAGGAUCAGUUCCUGCGGAUUGGAGGGUAGCUAAUGUUAUCUCAUAGCUUCCCCUAUAUCGCUGUGUUUUCGCGCACAUACAAUAGCUUCCCCUAUAUCGCUGUGUUUUUGCUCACCUCUCAUAGCUUUGCCUGUAUCGCAGUAUUCUCGCGCACAUCUCAUACCUUCCCCUUUUUAGCUGAGAAAACAGGCAAUUAUAGACCAGUUAGUCUGACAUCAGUGGUGGGAAAGAUGCUGGAAUCAAUUAUAAAAGAUGAAAUAGCAGCAUAUUUGGAUAGCAGUGGCAGGAUAGGUCCGAGUCAGCAAGGAAUUACGAAGGGAAAAUCAUGCUUGACUAAUCUGCUGGAAUUUUUUGAGAAUGUAACUAUGAAAAUGGACAUGGGAAAGCCAGUGGAUGUAGUGUACCUGGACUUUCAGAAAGCCUUUGAUAAGGUCCCUCAUAGGAGGUUAGUGUGCAAAAUUAGAGCAAAUGGUAUUGGGGGUAGGGUGCUGACAUGGAUAGAAAAUUGGCUGGCUGACAGAAAACAGAGCAGGGAUUAACAGGUCCCUUUCAGAAUUGCAGGCGGUGACCAGUGAGGUACCGCAAGGCUCGGUGCUGGGACCACAGCUAUUUACAAUAUACAUUAAUGAUUUAGAUGAAGGGAUUAAAAGAAACAUUAGCAAAUUUGCAGAUGGCACAAAGCUGGGUGGCAGUGUGAAAUGUGCGGAGGAUGUUGUGAUAAUGCAGGAUGACUUGGGCAGGUUGGGUGAGUGGGCAGAUGCAUGGCAGAUGCAGUUUAAUGUGGAUAAAUGUAAGGUUAUCCACUUUGGUGGCAAGAACAGGAAGGCAGAUUACUAACUGAAUGGUGUCAAGUUAGGAGAAGGGGAAGUACAACGAGAUCUAGGUGUCCUUGUUCAUCAGUCACUGAAAGCAAGCAUGCAGGUACAGCAGGCAGUGAAGAAAGCUAAUGGCAUGUUGGCCUUCAUAACAAAAGGAGUUGAGUAUAGGAGCAAAGAGGUCCUUCUGCAGCUGUACAGAGCCCUGGUGCGACCACACCUGGACUACUGUGUGCAGUUUUGGUCUCCAAAUUUGAGGAAGGACAUUCUUGCUAUUGAGGGAGUGCAGCGUAAGUUCACGAGGUUAAUUCCCGGGAUGGUGGAACUGUCAUAUGUUGAAAGAUUGGAGUGACUGGGGUUGUAUACACUGGAAAUUAGAAGGAUGAGAGGGGAUCUGAUUGAAACUUAAGAUUAUUAAUGGAUUGGACACGAUGUUGGGUGAGUCCAGAACCAGAGGCCGCAGUUUAAGAAUAAGGGGUAAACAAUUUAGAAUGGAGUUGAGGAAAAACUUUUUCACACAGAGGGUUGUGGUUCUGUGGAAUACUCUGCCUCAGAAGGCAGUGGAGGCCAAUUCUCUGGAUUCUUUUAAUAAAGAGAUAGAGCUCUUAAAGAUAGCGGAGUGAAGGGAUAUGGGGAGAAGGCAAGAAAAGGGUACUGAUUGUGGAUGAUCAGCCAUGAUCACAGUGAAUGGUGGUGCUGGCUCGAAGGGCCGAAUGGCCUACUCCUGCACCUAUUGUCUAUUUGCCCACCUGUCUUGGCCAGUACAUCUUGUGUUAAAGACUAGGGUUAAUGUAUGUACAUUCUUCUUCCUCCGCCUCUUUUGCAAACUCACAACAUGCUGAAAAGCAUCAAGCUUGAAUCCACAAUAAAUAAACGCAGCAAGUUUUCAGUACAAAAAAAAAUUUUCCUGGAUGUUUUUGUAAACUGUUAGCCAGUAGCAGAUUCACCACCUGAGCAGAUGGUCACUCGGAGUAGCUUUUUCCCUAAUCCUUUUCCCUCCUUAUUUCAGGUAAUAUUACCAGUCAAUAACAAUUAUGUGUGCCUUUUUAGUACCUGUAACAUUUUAUAAUAUUUUGAGGUGCCCACUAACAUUGAGAUUGAGCCACAUGAGGUAUUGGGAUUGGUGAUCAAGGUCUAAGGAAGGCUCUGAGGGAUGUUCUGAAGAAGGAAAAAGAGAUUUAGGAAUGAAGUUACAGACUUCCAUGAUUACAAAUCUGAGAUUGAGCAAAGUAAGUGGAAGCUGGGAAUCCACAAGGACUGGAGGCGGUUACAGAGUUAGGGAGAGUCCAGACCCUGAAAAGGCUUGAGAAAACCCACUGCUUUCUACACCUGCUACGGGCUGUUGAAUAAACUACAUAAUGCUAGCAAAUAUUCUGCUAUCUUAGCUCUGAUUGUGAAGGUUUGACAUUAAAUACCAUUGCAAAUGCUAACAGGAUUUAAUCUGACACUACAGUCAAGAGCUGAGAAAAUAUUAGACUGUCAGGAGAGCUGCCUUUGAAUGGGAUGUUUAAUGAAGCUCCAUAUAUCUUUUUUUGGUCUAGCAAUCAAAAAAAAAUGUAGAAGUCUUUCAAAGAAGAACACUUACCAGUGUCCUGGCUAAAAGUUAUUUUGCAGUGCUACAAAUGUGAAAAUACAUUAUCUAGAUUAUCUCAUUUAUAGUUGAGAUGUUGUAUACAAAUGAGUUGUGUGCAGUCUAAUCUAGAGUAUGUAAUUGAUCGUAAAAAGGCUCUGCAAAUUCUGUUUUUGUGUAGUGAAGAAGUGGACAGCAUUUUAUUGUCUGUUCUAGUGGUGGUAUCUGUUAUGGCAGCUUACUUCCCUAUGGAAACAUCUUGACUACCACUCUGAUAAUCACUGCCAAAUUUCUUAAGUAGCCUUUGUUAUGUAAUGUGUUUCCUGUGAUGGAAUUGACUUGUACGUAUAUACAAUGUACGGGUGCAGGUAGUUUCCCAUGGGAAACCAAUCCUGUCAAGUAAUCCUAUUAACAGGUGGUCUCCACAAAGCCUGGCACAUUUUUGGAAUAUAGCCAAGGCUGAAAUCUUUUUUUUAAACUGACACAAAAUCUAUAGUUUUGGAAGCUUUUUGAAGUUCUGAUUCAAUCACUGUUAUCUAACUACAAAAUUUACAAACCUUUUAAUAUGAGUACCAAUGCUCAUUUUGUUCAUUUUCAGAAGAUCAGAAUGCCAGUUCUUUCAUUGCAGAUACACAUUGUGUUUUCAUUGUCAAUUCGAUGGCUGGACAUGAAAAUAUUUUCACAGUGACAAACCUGACUCUGUUCUUUACAGUUCCACAGGCUUCAUAACCUCUGCAUUUUUGA